UUCCACCAUGCUCAUGCUCCGACGCGCGCCCGUCGCGGGCGCCCUUCUCAAAGCGCCUUCUGUGAGGGGACACGCUUCGGCAAUUGCCCGCCGCUCUCUGUCCACACCCCGAUGCUUCUCCACCUCCCCCCUUCAACAUCUCGCCGCCUCCACCUCUGUGCUCGGCGCACAGAGAAUGCGCAAGUCCAACGCGGUGCCGGAGGUGGAGCUCGACCCCUCCUUCGACGUCUUACUCGGUGACAUGCAGAUGCGGUCCCGCGGUCGCUCACACUCAUCAAGAGACGUUGAGGAGGAACUCGAACUCGUUUCCAACGGCUUCGGCGUUCGCCGCCAGGUUCAGACCGAAGGAGAAGAGCCGGAGUGGGCAGACCGCCGUGAGGAGCGGCGCUCCCCUGCCGCGCUUAUGGGCACGAAGAAGAUCGGCAUGGUCGUUCUCCCAGAGGCGCUCACACAAGGGAUCCAAGAUGCCAUCGAGGCCACCGAGGACAAGAAGCACGUCCGUUACGCGUACCUCGAGCUCAUUGAGCCUGUCAAGGAGAAGGCACCCGGCGGGUCUCGCAAUCUACCCCAGCACGCCAUUGCUCGCGCGUCGGCGUUUCUUCCCGCCCAGUAUGGCGCCUCCUACAACGUCCUCGCGGAGCUUGAGAAGCGCGUCGGCGGCAUCAAGGGCCCUCUGCUAGAGGUUUCCGGCGGGCUCGGCCCUGGCCUUUGGGCAUCAUCAGAAGUCUUCGGCGAAGAGGCGCUGAAGGACGCCACGCUUGUUCAUCGCACGCGAUUUGGUCUUGAUCUGGCACAGGAGCUCGCACAGAACCUCACCGGGGAGAUCAGCUUCAAGCGCGACGUUACCUCCGUUUCUGGUCCGCCCCCACAAGUUGCGAUGGCCACAUUCGCGCUCUCGGUCCUCCCUACCGCCCGCGGACGCCGUGAUUUGCUGCAACACCUCAUGAACACCGGCGCUGAGCACAUCGUGCUCGUUGAUUUGGCUGGCGAGGCUGGGUGGACCGCGAUGAAGCAGGCUCGCCAGUGGCUAUUGGCACAGUCGACCGAGGAGGACCCUCUUCACAUCACCGCGCCGUGUCCGCACGACGGCGCGUGCCCGCGCUUGCACAUGAUCGAGCCGUGCGCGUUCAGCCAGCGCAUCCAGCGUCCUCGCUUUACCCGGAAAACGAAGCACGCAAAGCGUGGCGAAGAGGACGUGAGCUACUCUUACCUCAUUGUGUCGCGGGGCAAGCGGCCUGAGGCACCGAGCGGCCUUGCAGAGGGUAUUGGCCGCUUCGGCGCCGUGGGCCGUGAGGCUGCCGCCCGUGCCCUGGCCAAGGCUACCGGCCGGACGGAGAUCCGACAAGUUGAAGGCAGCGAGAGCGGCGAGAUGGAGGUUGUCGAGAUUGCGCACGAUGUUGCCCUCCCGCCUGUAGAGGACCCGGCGGAGACGGAGAAUGCCCUCAAGGCGGAGGCGUACUCGUGGCCGCGUCUCGUCGCGCCGCCUCUUAAGCGUUCGGGCUUCGUGGUGAUGGACGCGUGUAUGCCCGAGGAGAAGCUCGUGCGCUUCACGGUUGCGAAGAGCUUGGGCAAGCAGAGCUACUACGACGCUCGUAAGAGCGGGUGGGGCGACCUGUGGCCACAUACCUUCAAGGGGGCUGUCGAGCGCAAGCGCGGAAUCCGACGGCUGACACAGCCCGGUGUGGAAGAUCUCGCGAUCCCCACAGAAGAAGAGGAGAAGGCAUGGCUCGAGGCGCAGGCGGAGGGAGAGGUUAACGAGUUCCCGGUCGACCCGGACAUGGAUCGCAUCAUUAAGGAGCUGGCCAAGGACGCACUGGUUGAGAUCGAGGAGCACGACGCUCCGGCGACAGUCUAUACCGCCACUUCCGACUACGUCCCCGAGGAGCAAAUCUUCGAGCUACCAAAGAAGCGGAAGGAACCCAAGACGGAGGCGGCGAAGAAGCGCGCCGCGCAGAAGGAGAAGCGCGAAGCGGCCCGCGAGCGCAAGUCCAAACUUCGUGACGCGCGCACCGACAAAGUGGAGCUGGCUGAGGCCGACCGCUUCUUCUACCGUGAUGCGGACACUGCGACGAUCCGCGCGUUCGAGGCCGACCAUCCGGAGAACGAGCCGGUGCGCCCACUCGACGAGAUGGACCCCGAGCUUCGCAACAUGGGCGCUGCCCUUGGACGACCCAAGCGCCGUGGGCAGGGCUUCCCGUUCAACACUUACGGCCGGGAGCUGCACACCUCCGCUCGCGGACUGCACACGAGUGCGCGCGCACUGUCUGUCGCACCAGGUGCGACAGGGUCUGCGCAGAAGUCGUCGCGGCCCAAGGUCACGGUGUCGUCGUUGCAGGCCCAGCACGAGGCCGGUGACCCGAUUACGAUGCUUACCGCGUACGACUUUCCCACUGCACUGCUGAGCAGUCGGGCUGGCGUCGAUAUUGUGCUCGUCGGCGACUCGAUGGCCCAGGUCUGUCUUGGGUACGACAGCACCGUGCCCCUUACCCUCGACGAUGUGGUGUACCACACGCGUGCCGUCGCGCGAGGCGCCGGCAGCUCCUUCCUCUUGGCGGACAUGCCGUUCGGAUACGUGGCAGGCUCUCUGGAAGCUGGCGUGAACGCCGCGGUGCGGAUGGUCAAGGACGGCGGCGCGGACGGAAUCAAGAUCGAGGGCGGGCGCGAGAUCAUCCCUCUCGUGCAGCGCCUCGCGGCGUUUGGUGUGCCAGUGAUGCCUCACAUCGGUCUGCAGCCUCAGCGCGCGGGCGUGACGGGCUACAGGGCACAGGGGCGGACCGCCGCCGCCGCCCUCGACAUGGUCAAGCUGGCGCGCGAGAUGUCGGAAGCCGGCGCCUUCGCGCUGCUCGUCGAGGCCGUGCCGCACCACGUCGGGACGGCGCUCGCGUCCGCCGUGAACAUCCCGACCAUCGGCAUCGGGGCGGGGCCGGGGACGAGCGGGCAGGUGCUCGUCAUCACGGACGUGCUCGGCAGCCUGGAUGUGGGGCCGGAGGCGGGGGGCGAGGACGUGCCGCCCAAGAUGGCCAAGUUCGUCCGCCAGUUCGGGGAGAUUGGGCGCGCAUCGCGCGCGGCCGUCGACGAGUAUGUCAGGGAGGUCAAGGCGCGCGGGUACCCGGCCGUGCCGAAGGAGACUUAUGGCAUGCCCAAGGAGGAGCUCGAGGAGUUCAGGCGGCUCAUGAGCGAGGAGUAG